AUGAAGCUUAUUGACACUUUAAUAUCUAGAAAAUCCGCUCUGUUGAGUAAACUGUCUUCUUUGGAGAAGGCCAACUUUAUUUCAGAUGACGUUUCAAAACCAGAUGAAGAUUUGCCAAGUGUGAAUAUCGUGAAACCACUGUCCACAGAUGACUUUAAUUCUCCUAUAAAACACCUCAGUACAAAGUUAUAUAAAGUAAAACGUUGUGAAAACAAUGCUGUGGAACUGAAAAAGCUGUCUAAAUCUAAGCAUAAUGAUGAUGCUGAUAUAAAUGCGUUUCAGGAACGAUUGAGACGUCAAAGACGUACUGAAUUAUUAGAGGAGCAAUUAGCUAGAGAACAUGAGGUACCUUCUAGUAAUCCUUCUGAUGAAAAACUAGAUGGUGGAUUUUGUGUCCCGGGUUCUAUUUGGUGUCGAUUAUUUGAUUAUCAACGAAAAGGUGUCAAAUGGUUAUGGGAUCUUCAUCAAAAAGGAUAUGGUGGUAUUAUUGGAGAUGAGAUGGGUUUGGGAAAAACCAUACAGAUUAUUGCCUUACUAGCUGGAUUGCAUUAUUCGAACAUAGAAGAUAGAUCGUAUCGUUUAUAUCUAUCUACUCGUAAUCUAACUUCGGAAUGUCAGCAAGAAUUUUUAGGAUUAGGUCCGACCUUAAUUGUUUGUCCAGCUACAGUAUUAAACCAGUGGAUGUCAGAACUCCAUUCAUGGUGGCCUCCGAUUCGUGUGGCCAUAUUGCAUUCGACUGGAUCCGGCUAUGGAAAGCCAAAUAAACUUAUACAAAUGAUAACUAAUAAUCCAGGAAGUGUUCUUCUAACCACGUAUUCAACUCUAGUGACUUAUCGUGAUAUGCUAACAUCUCGAAAUUGGUCGUAUGUUAUACUGGAUGAAGGGCAUAAAAUAAAAAAUCCAGAAGCUGAGGCUACAUUAGCUGUUAAACAUUUUUCCACUCCUCAUCGUUUGAUUCUUUCUGGUAGUCCAAUUCAAAAUAAUCUACGUGAAUUAUGGUCACUUUUUGAUUUUGUGUGUCCUGGACGAUUAGGACCUUUGCCAGAAUUUAUGCAACAAUUUUCUAUACCAAUUACUCAGGGAGGUUAUGCUACCGCUUCACCACUUCAGGUUGAAACAGCUUAUCAAUGUGCAUGUACUUUACGAGAUCUUUUAAAACCCUAUCUCAUUCGAAGACUUAAAGCUGAUGUACAAAUUCAACUGCCAGCUAAAUCAGAACAAGUUUUGUUUUGCCGACUAACUGAUUAUCAGCGAAAACUCUAUCGAGAAUACUUAGAGUCUCAAGUAUGUCAAGAUUUACUAAAUGGAAAAGGCAAUAUUUUUCCUUCUUUAAUAUUAUUAAGAAAUUUAUGCAAUCACCCAGAUUUAGCUACAGGUGGUCCAAGAGAUAGUUGUUUUCUAAAUGAAGAGUUUGAGUCUGAUAAACAAGGUAUUGAAAAUGUAUGCUUAUCUUAUUCAUGGUCAAGAUUUGGUUGCCCACGUAGAUCUAGUAAAAUGUUAGUUGUUGCUUCACUUCUUAAAAACUGGUAUGAUCAAGGACAUAAAGUUCUACUGUUUUCACAAAGUCGUCGUAUGCUUACAUUACUUGAACGUUUAGUACAGUUGAUGAAGUUUUCUUAUCUUAGAAUGGAUGGAACAACUCCUGUUAGCCAACGUCAUGAACUUAUUCGACGUUUCAAUUAUCGUUCAACAUCGGAUAGUGAGAAAAUAGAUAGGACAACAGAUCAGUUAGACAUAUUUCUAUUUUUAUUAACUACACGUGUUGGCGGUUUAGGUGUAAAUUUAACUUCAGCUAAUCGAGUACUUAUCUAUGACCCAGAUUGGAAUCCUACUACUGAUCUACAAGCUCGUGAAAGAGCAUGGCGUAUCGGACAAUCAAGAGAUGUUGUUAUUUAUCGUUUAUUGACAAGCGGUACUAUUGAAGAAAAAAUAUAUCAUAGACAAAUAUUCAAACAAUUUCUUACUAAUCGAAUUCUAAAAAAUCCACGUCAGCAGCGAUUUUUUAAAACAAACGACCUUCAAGAAUUAUUAACUUUUGAAGAUGAAUCAGAUAUACAAAUCCCAGAAACAGCUUUGUACUUGAAAUCGGAAGGUAUGGGUCAUACACUGACUAAUUCAUUAACCGAGAAUCGAUUUGAUAUACUUGCUAAAAAACUGAAAGAUAAUCCAUUGCAAAGCAAAUCAUCACGCGUGAAUACAGAGAUUAGUAGUGGUAGUGAUGUUGAUGAUGAUGAGAAGGAGGAGGAUGAAGAUGAAAAAGAAUCGAAGGUUUCUGUGGAUGACAAUUUUAUAAACACUUCGUUAUAUCCUGAUGCAAAAAAUAAGCGUACAGAACAACUUCGUCAACUUGCUAAAGAAAUAAGCCGUCGUAUAGCGGAGGAAUGUUCAAACAAAGAUAAUUCAGUUGAAUCGGUUACUAAGCAGUCUAAAGAAAUGACUUCAAACAAAUAUAGUUUAAAUCGCAAACGUAAAUCUGAUAACAGAGGGACACGGGUGGAUGGAAAACGAAUCAAGCUAGUAGCAAAACAGUGCAGGUAUGAUGUUGGUGAAGGCAUGGAUAUCUCUUUAUCUCGAAAUCAACUUGCUGAACCAACCAAAGCGACAAGCAGUAAUGCUGAAGAUGAUAACUUUAUUCAAAAUGUCUUAGCCAGUUCUUGUUUCAGUAGCAGUUACUUAUCCAGUAAUAAGCAAGACUACUCUACGGUUUCUUCCUUUAAGGAGAAGCGAUCAAUGGUAGAUCAAGAUACGCGUGAUGAAGCAAGUCGAGUUGCGAAAGAAGCUCUAAAGAAUAUUCAGAAAUUUCACAAAUCCAAUGAAAUGAAAUGUAAAGAGUCAUUUCGAAAAAAUAAAGAUGAUGUCGAAAAGGCAAAAAUUGGAAAAUCUUCAAAAAUUAAAUGUACAGAUCAUCAAGAUUUCCACUCACUUUCUUCCCAUAAAUCAUUAAAAUUCACACAAAAAAUAUCCGCAAGCAGUUCACCGAUAUUUCGUCAAAUAACUCAAAUAGUACAUCAUGAUAAAUUAUUGGAUGAAAUGACUAAUCCAAAUCACAUUGAUUCUUCAUUUGACCAAUUGGCCGUGAAUCGAUUAGCGAAUAAAGCUAUUAUUGCUUUAGAAGAAGAAGUCAAGCGUUGGCAGCAAAGUAAUAUCAGAUCUUUUUCUCAAACUACAGAAAUAACUCAACAUAGAUUAGUAUUUUAUCCUUUUGGUCAAGCUAAAAAUCGUUUCCUUUGGAAUCGAAAUGAAUCAACUAGUUAUGGUUAUAUUCAACUUUUACAAGCAUCAAGUGAUUUUGAAUGCUCAACUAAAAAAGCUUAUAAUGAAAAUUCAGCUAAUUUACAUGUUAGAUUUAGUUCAGAAUUACUUUUAAGUCUUAUACGUUCGCGUAAAAUCAUUCGUCAUAAUCAUUUACACAGUUCAUCUAGUACCGAAUCAGUUGAUUCUGUGUUAAAUCAUUCAAUGCAGCGUCUUUGUGCUGAACUUAUUCGAACACUUGGCAGUUCGAAUACUGUUACAAGUGAAUAUUUAGCAAUACAUUUUAAAUCUAUUCUGAAUGAGAACAAUGAUUGUGCUACAGUAAAUAUUCGAAAUAACGCUACUGUUGUAAAUAGAAGUAUUACAUCCCGACAUUUUCGCUCUUUGCUUAAACAACUUGCAAUAAGACAUCGGUCAAAAUGUGAUCAAUCUCAACUGGAUUUACCUUCACGUGGUCGCUUGGAUGAUGUAUGGACUUUGCGUGAUAAAUUUCAGUCUAUUGCUAGUUAUCUCUUAGUAAACUUGGCAGUGGCAGAAAGGUUGGAUCAAUGAAGCAACAUUGUAAUAUAUUGACACGAUAUGUUCAUUGCUACCUCAUACAUUUGUAUAGUUUAUUUUAAUACAGAAUCUAAUAUGCACACUCCUAACUUUUAUUUUUUAAAUAUAGAAUUACUAAGAACGUGGUUUUCUUUCACUAAUGUGUGAAUAUCAAUUACUAGUUAUCUCAAAAAUUUUAGAUGAACUUUUAUUUUUAAAACCAGAAAAUUGGUGCUAGAAAUACAAUGCCUUUUUAGUGCCUUUCCCAGAAAAUAUCGGUAAACCAAACCGUUAUGUCCGAACAAAGAAUAAAUGAGUUGUAACUUCCAGGAGUUAUUUAUAACUUGUUGUUGUAUAUAUAUUCUUAUCGUACAAUUGCUAAGUAACUAAAUCGUAUAAGUUUACAUUCCUUUUAUCACAAAUUUUCAUUUGAUCCAUUGGAUACUGUUGUACGAUUUACUUUCCCUAAUUUAUUCCUAAGCUAUUAGUUUGCAACCUGCUAUACUCAGCUACAUCUGGCUUGAUCUUUCACAAUAAUUAUUUUUCAUUUUACAGUGUGAUGCGAUCUCGUAUGCUUGUACAUAAACAGCGUAUAUCUGAAAUAUACGAUUUAUAUUGCGGAGGAUUAUAUUUAUGUUCUGGGCUGGGCGAGGAGCUGCUAUACAGAGUAUUAAUAGUCUGAGAGUUGAAUCAAGGCCACUGGUGUUGCUUGACGCACCAUUGGUUUAGCACAGGGACUAGGUCACAGAAGUUGGUAUCCCGAUUAGGGAUUUUGUCACGUGAUAUUUGACGGGUCAGAGGACAUAAUAGAAGUCAAUGAUGUAACGUAGUGACUAGAUGGAGGCCAAAAAGGAUAUGACAUUAGUGCAUGAAGUCACUGAUUGUUGGACUGAGAUAUGUAGGUAGGUACAAACUGUCUGGUUGGGGUCUAUGUGUUUAUCGUAACCACUUGUUAAUGUCUUUGAGUGACAUGGCUCGAAAUCGUUUGUAAUAGCGCAGAUGCAUUCACUAUUUGUCUUCUCUUAUAUCGUAAGUUCCUAAAUUUCUAAUAGUUCUUUUUUGUCUCAUAAGUAUAUAUGUUCUAAAAUCGUAUCUUCGAUCUCUAAUCUUUUUUAUUGCCACUGAUUCAUUUGUUACUUGUACUACGGGAUUCGCCCUGACCUUGGUCUCUAUAUUUUCACUUUUAUAACCAUCCAGAGGUUAUAUUUUAAAUUGAUCGUAAAUGAAGUAUAUUUCAGGUUUAAUCAUUCUGAACUUCUCUCCCGAAGCUGAGGUGUAGUGCUUGUAUGGACUAAUGACUCCUUUGUACUUGAUAACUACCUGAUUUCGAAUUCCAAAUACA